UUUUGGACAAGCGAUGGUGUACAAACACCUUUAGGUGAACAUAAAUGCAGAUCUUCAUUUAUUCAACAACUUCGACAUAGCGCAUUCAUCUUGGGAUAUAAACAGGUUCCAAAAUUCACCAUACAAAUGUGAUGGCCGGUCGUGAAAAGAAAAUCGCAGUUGGUAGAAAGCAAUCGACCUCAUCGCCUGUACCAUCGAAAGAGUCUACUCCUGAAGCUUCAAAACUGACUGUUGUAAAGACUGAAUCAAAUCAAAGCGAAGAUGUUUCCACAAAGCCUACAAAAGCGGCGGCGACCAAAUCCGGCAUUAAAUCUGUAUCUGUUAAAAACGCCAGUGCUUUGUCAAAGAAAAUUACUAAGACUGUUGGUAGAAAAGCAAUUGGUAAAGCUCUAACCUUAAAUAUUAAAGCUAGGGAAAAGAAAAAUGUUAAAAUAAAACAACAGAUCGCUAAAACCUUACUCAAUAAUGCGAAGAAUAACCUGGAAGGUAAGAAAGCGGCCCUGUUGCAAAACGGAGUGAAACCAAAACGGGUCCGACGGAAAAAAAUUGAAAUAGAAAUGGAAAGGAGGAGGCUGGAAGAGGCGAGACUUGCGAACCUAGAAAACGUAGUUAGUGAUCCUAGUGUAGAAAAAAAAAUUGUAAAAAAACGAAUUAAAAAAGUGCCUGCUGGUGAUAACACAAAGAAAGCUAAAGUAGAAACUACUAAUGAUUACUCUAGUGUAGAUGAAACAAUUAAUUCUAUAUUAAGUCAAAUUGUGGCGGAGGAGGAUGCAAAAAUAGCCAAAAAACAGAAACUAAAAAAGCCUAAAAUGGAUACAGCCGAAGAGUCUAUCGAAGAUGUGGUUAAAGAUCUAACAUAUUUACUUAAAGCUGAUGAAAUAAAACAGGAGGAGGAUUUAAAAACUGAAACGGUCAGGGCGAAGAGGCCGUCCACUAGGAAACCAAAAUCGGACGUAGCAAAGAAAAGAGUUGUAAAAAAAGAGAGCCAAGCAAAUCAGCUGGAUGAAAUCACUUUGGAUGCAUCCGCUAAACAUCUCAUCGACAUGUUAGAUCUUAGUGUAGAUAAGGCUAAUCAAUUAUUGUUGCCUACCUCCCCCAGGCGACACAGUAUAGAGAAAUGUUCUGUAGAUAUUAAGAAUACCGUAGACGGUGUAGGUAAUUUAAGGGCGCCCACGCCUAGAUCGAAGCGUACAUUAAAAGUUAGGCAAAGUGUGGAUGCCAAAUUAACAAAUGCACGUUCUGAUAUUGUGCCCGUUCUUCGCAAUGGCAAAAAUCGCAAAAAUUCGCUUUCGAACAGCACUGAAUCUAGAAAAAGGAAGCGCUUAGGCUCCGAUCUUAGUGGAUCGGAAAAGUCGGUGUCUAAGCUAUCCGGUUAUGAAUCAGAUAGUAGUUUUAAUGACGUAGCUUCCGGUGAUAAAAUGGACCAAAAAGAUGAACAGUUUAAAUUAGAUUCUGCGGAUAAUUCACAACGAAAUUCCGGACCAAAAACUGAAGUGGACUCUUCAUUAAAUGGAUAUGAAGAAGACAAUAUUAAGAAAGAGGACGUUACAGAUAGUAACUCGAAUGUAUGUUCGGAUAUGAAAACGGAAGUUCCUGAAGAAUCGUUGUAUAUAUUAAACAAUGAGGAAAUACGCCAUUACAAUGGAGGUGUUAGCUCAAAAGUGCCUGAAAAGUCAAUUAUUUUAAAUAAAAUGAAACAAACAUUCAAUGAUGUGAUAAGUGAAGAUCAAGAUAAACAAACUGUAAAUGUGCCCAAUAAACCACCCGACAGUGCAAGUGUGCAAGUUACAACCUCCACAUUUUACGGACACCUAACUAAUAAAAGUGAUAUAAUUUGUGAUAAUACCGAAAAAACCGAAGACCAAACACUAGAAGACGAAAAUAUAAAAAGCGACGACGACAAUACCGUGGAACAAAUAGCGGCCGAUUGCGCAAGUAUCAUCGCCAGUUUGGAGGAGGAGGAGGAGGACUGUAUCGACGCAUCCCAAAAGGUGGACGUCGGCGCCCCAUUGAACAAGGAUGAAAAUGUCGAAAAUCUGACGCUGAAGGGCGACAUUCUGCAGGCGUUAGGUUUACAAAGUUUGAAGGAGGCGGAGGAGGCGAAAAAGGAAAAGCCGAGUAAAAGUGACUAUACUGGGACGCUGAAAACUGUGAUUAAACUCAAUCGUGGCGAGAAGAAGAAGGGGCGCGGUAGCUUCAAACUUACCCUCCAAAAACAUAAAGGGAAGGCGAAAGAAAAUGAGCCCAACGGAACUGGCGCCGAUGAUGAACAGAAAAACAAAGAGAUUACGGGAAGUAGUUGGCGAUCAUAUGGCGUGCAGUCAUCUGACACCGCGGGUGCGCUUCGCAAGUCUCACUAUUCUAACAGAUCUAACAUGGAUGGUAGCAGCGAGCAUACGUCCGAUGGAGAUGGGGCAAACAUCGACGGUGAAGAUGUGGGAAAAAUUCUCGUUAUUCCGGAGAAAGCUAGUUCGUUUAGCAUUCAUCCGGAUAGGCUGUGCAAGGAUGAAUGUUCGUACUGUUUUGGAAAGUUCGGUUUAUUCGACACUCCUUGUCAUAUUGCGCAGAUGAAAAGCAUCGAAAGGCAAGAUAAGAUAUUACAAACUGAAAAGCAUUUAAUGCGAGAUUCGUGUUUAUGUGAUGCGUGCUAUCGUCAUGUCGACCGUAAGUCGAACACCCCCUCGUAUUUAAACAAAGGAAGUAAACGAAAUAGUAUUGUUGCCCCCGGUCCGCGCCAAAAUCACUGCCAUGUUCUGGGAUGCGGUAUCGUUGCAACAAAUAUAUUGCGACGCAAGUGGCUUAUCAAAAUGCGGAAAAGCGUCCGAGAAGUGAUCAACAUUGACUUAGAAAAUCCAGGGCUUCAUUCGAUACCGAUUUGUUCCGAACAUUAUCUCGCAGUCGAACAUCUGAUGGUCUGUGCGAUGUGCAAGAGAAAACUGGCCCGAAAUCAUGUACAUUACUUGGGCUCCGAGCUGACCGAAUUAAGCGCCGCUCUUUGCGAGGAAGGCAUACCUGUAAAAUUAAUUGAUAGGCCUGUAGUUUGUAAAUUGUGUAGAUACUUUGCGUCUUUAGUUAUGAAGCCAAUUGAGGAACGUUCAGAAAAUACGAUAGAGUUCUUUACGGAGUAUAAAAAGAGAUUGUUGAAUGUUUAUGACGUCGAAAAGGGCGAAGAAGUUAUCGAAGAACAAGAGGCUGAUCGAGUUAAAGAUAAAGUUGAAAAGGAGCCGGCAAAAAGAAAAAAACGCUUACCAAAAACUUUAUUAAAUGGAGAACCAUCUCGAUUAGAGCAGGACAUCCAUACAGAAACAAAUACCAAAACAUCCGCAGACAGUAAAUCUUCGCGUUCAGAGUCCCCUUCUGAUUAUAUGGUUGACUAUCAUACUCUAAUCCCCAGUAUAGCGAUGGAUUGCGGGAGUGACGUUGAAAAUUCGAAACGCGAAACAACUAUCUCUCCCACAACCAAAUACACCUUAAAAACUGAUUCAAAUGUUAAUGAAAGAACGCACCCAUCUCCAAUCAAAGCUAAAAGUAACAGUCAUGGUAAAAAUACUGCAGUCGAACGACUAGGCUGUAAUCCUUGCAUAUCUGUGCGCCAGUUAUUCCCAGGUGAAGAAGAGCUAGGUCUGCAAGGUUACAUCGAGUUCGGUAACGUUAAAGAAAAGACGCCGGAGGGUUGGGAGAAAUGUUGCUCUAUCAUUCAGUACGAUAAUGACACAAAGUUACUGUGGCAAGAGUUACAAAAACCUUACGGCAAUCAAAGCAGUUUUUUAAGACACUUGGUACUGUUAGAAAAAUAUUUUCGCAGUGGGGAUUUAGUACUCUCGCCCACAGCGAGUCAUCACUCUAUUAAUUAUAGCGAGUCAGUUCAAAAUCGUCUACGCGCAUACGAUAACGUACCUCAUAAUAUUAGUUACGUGCAAACCGUAAAAAAAAGUAAUCCUAAUAUCAUAUCACCCAAGCAAUUGUCGCUAAUUAACGCUGCCAAUAUUCCUAAAAAUACACCCAUUACAAUAUCACAACUUACCAAUAUCGCACCCACAAAAACACGCAUUCCUCCUGGCUUAAUUUCGUUACAUCCUGGCACAACGCGCCCGGUUGCGCCGUCUCUGAUGAAGGUUCCCCAAUCUCAAAAAAUUAAAAUACCAAUAACUAAGAAUUGGCGACCGAACUUGAUUCCCAUCGACCCGAGUAAGUCAUCGGACGUUGAUAAGAAACCGGGCUUCGUCAAAGUAAUGUCAGGUGGCAAGCCCUACCACAUUACGAUGGACGACUACAAUCGCAUGUGCGCCAUUAAGAAAAGUUACGAUUUAAAACAGAAGCGAUUAGCGCAUAAUGCGAGCCCCCACUUUCGUCCCAUUCUGCCACGUAAGAGUAUACCCAGUACAAAAGCUACAAGUCCAAGUAAAAAUGAUUUGGAGACGCCGGAGAUGGAGAAUAAUUUAGACAAAUUAGAUAAAACUGUGGAGAAUCUUGAGAGUAAACUCGCCGAGUCUUCGAGCAUGCUACUGCCGAAAAUACCGAAAUCGCUAACCGUUAUUCCACAAACAGUUAGCAAUAAAUUAUGGAAUCCCAAACCAAAGUCUAGCACUAACUCAUGAUUGUUUCAAAAUGCAUUUAAGUGCCUCAUUAAGUGUUAAUAUUUAUUGCUAGAGGUUUACAAAUUCUAGUGACAUUUUGUUUGUUGUUACAAUUAAUAUAUAUUUUUCUGGGAAAAAUAAAUUAGACUUACCUGUUAUUUACACAGUUAGAAGCAAAAUAUUUUUUUAUUGUUAGAGAAUGUAAAUAUGUAUUCUGUACCUACAUAAAUCACACUAGUUAUAAUAUUUGUAUAUUGUAAAUUGGCAACUUUAUAGUUUAUCUGCCGUUGAAAUUUGCUCACGUGAAAUUAUAUUUUUGCGGAAAAUUUACUUAGCAAUAAUUCCAAAACUCUCCUUUUUGUUCUAAUUGAUAUAUAGUUGGUACAAAAUAGUUGAUAUUACACUUUUCAUUAUAGAAAAUGAUAACUUUAGUAAUUAUUGGUGCUAAAGGGUUUCCUGCCACUUUCUUCUCCUCGUAAAUUGUUCUUAGUGAUUAUGGUGAAAAGGUUUGCGCAACCUAGUCUUGAAAUUACGAUUUGUAGGGAGCCUAUUCCGAUUUCACUGAGUUUCAAAACGAUGACCGUUGGGGUUGCUAAUAUCUUCUCGUAAUCGCAAUUUAUUUAUUAAACUCUAUUACACAACCAUUUUUUUUUGUAUAUCACAUUUUUAUUUAUUGUAAAGUAGCUUUAGUAUUAUUUAUAAUAGUUGUAGAUUCUGCUUAUUUUGUAACUGUUCGAUGAAGAAUAGAGGACAUUGUUGAGAGAAAUUUAGAUGUAUUGACGAUCGUUCGAAACUUACACUUUACGAUUUGUUCUUUGAAAGGGAGUGAUUUAUUAUAUUGAUCAACUGAAGGGAAACAAUUUGAUCAGAAAGAUUUGAUCUUUACAAGGCUGAAAUGUUUUAAGAAUGAACCGUUUAUGUUACUAUUAACUCACUUUUUCCUUAAAUUGUUAAGAGUUGACUUUUUUUUAGUACCAUGUAUGUAAUUAUUUUAAUAAUGUAUAUAUCUGGGCGUUCUUUUAAAUAAAUAUUUAAAUCUUAAA